AUGCUUGGAUCAUUCUGUGCUUGUGAGAGUAGAGAGAGCAUGUAAGUAGGAUUUCUUUCAGCAUAUCGGAUCCUCUUAAUUGAGGGUCUGCCUUGCGCACAGGCCAUAGGUGCAGCCCCCCUUCCUUGGGAGGGGUGGUGUGAUCGAGGGGGGAGGAGGGCUUUAAAAGGCAGUGGGGCAGCGUUGGGGGGGUUUGCCUGGGUUUGUGCCACCAAACACCUGCCCUCGAUUUAGGUGUGUUCUGGCCUUGCUCUGGACUUCGUUGGUCGCCUGUUUUGGAACAGGGGCUGAGUAGGAAUUUUUUCCAUUUGGCAAAUUGGUACUGGCCUCUUGGUUUUCGCCUACCUCUUAGCAAUUGUCACAACUUUGUAAGGUUUGGCGGUUAGGCAUUGGCUUAGUGAAAUGUGGGGGAGGGGAGGUGCGGCCAUCACCUGCCCCUCCAGGUACAAGGGUAUUCCAGUAAAGGAAUCUGCGGGUCCGGAUCUUGUUCAAAGUCUGCUUGGGAGCCUAGGGCCAUGCCAGGACCCAGCGGGAACCCCUGGGUGAGUUUCAGUUGGUCACCAAUGAUGGAGCUCCAGACACGCUGAGAAGCUCCACAGCAAGAAUGCAAGGAGAAGCAUAAAAUAAAGGUGAUUAAAACCUAUUUAAUGAUUUAUGGACUGGAGGAAGGUCGUGGAGGGAAGUUACAAUUUUGUUUAGGAAAGGCUGGCCUUAUGAAAUGCAAGAUAUAAUAAGAGAGGAAGAUGGUCGAUGCUUAAUAAUUGUAAUUAAAACAGAAGGGACAGAAAUAGCAACAGUAAAUGUCUAUGCCCCAAACACUGAUGACCAUAAGUUUAUUCACAAUUGCUUUAAGAGAUUAAGCUUCCUAUCGUAUCAGCAGUUGAUAAUGGGUGGAGACUUUAAUGAAAUUUUAGAUCCACAGAUGGAUACCACAUCAGUAGCCAGGAAAAAAAGGACAAAGGUUAGAGAGACAAAUAAUAACUAUAUGAUACAGUGGAAUUUAGUGGAUCCUUUUAAUAUAUCAUUCUUAAAUGGAAGAAAACUUCAUUCAAUAUAUAACCCAAGAAACACAAAUAUAUUUUAAAAAUAACUACAAAUCUUCAACGGCAAGACUGGUGGAAUAGGAAGGAUAUACAAGGGAAGAUAUCAGAGGGAAGAUAAUAUCCUUCUUUGCCAACAAAGCCAAGCUGCAAAGAUUAAAACAAUCUAAAAAUUUAUUUAAAAACACUAUGGGGCGAUAUGUCAAAUAACCCAUCUAAUGCUACAUAUGAAAGAAUACAACUAACAUUAGAACUGAAUAAUAUACUAGCUCAAAAAAAUGAGUUCAGCCUACUAAGUCUAAGACAAAUAUAUUGGGAACAGGGUGAAAGACCGUGUAGUAAAGUUGCCCCCAGCCGCUCGCUCCUCCCUCACCUGUCUUUGCUCUCCGGCCAGAUCAGGUUUCUUGAACAGGGCUGGCAGGCAAAGUCACGUUAUACAGAAGCAGGACAAAAUCACACCGGUAGAGCUGCCACCACUCCCUCUGUUCCGGGGAACCUAGAGUCACAACCCAGGGAGAAGGCUGUGCCCUGUUGUUACUGGUUAUCCCCACUCCACAAGUUGAGUCCGCAAACUUGCAGACAGAAAUUCUACGGUAGAGCGUAACUAAGCGUAAGGCUCGGACUUAGCUUUUCCCCCCGGAAAGGCACACAAACCAAAACAGUUUCUUAUUUAAAAUUUAUUUUAAAAGAACAUAAGAAAACAUGCUAAAAUAGCAGGCACUUCUUUAGUAAGUUACAGACAAGGAAAAUAAAAACAUUGUGAAAUCUAACUAGCUUACAUACUCACAACUAAAGCACAAAAGGGAUAGAUAGAGUCCUUUCAAGAUUCCGCAGUUCAAAGGCUUUCGCAGAUCUCCAACACAAAGGAUGUAAGGACAGCUACUUAGAUGGAACAUCAGCAGCCGGGCGAUUUGCGGAUUGCAGAGCGCACUUUCUCAGCCAUUUCCCAGAUCUUUUAUCCCUGAUUCACACGUGGCGUCGGAACCCCCGAAACCAAUCAUAACUCUUGAUUAUUUUUAAAUUCUCCAAUGACCGGCUGGCGGGCUAAUCAAUCUAACUUCUGGCAGCUGGGCCAAUUAAGAACCCAGAGCCCAAAUCAAAGGUUUUCCUCCCUUCCGUGGUGCCUCUGCAAAUACACAUUCCCAGGCCAUCAAGGCCAGAUAACAUCGCUAAGGGAAUGCACAGAACUUGGACCCAGGUGUCAAGCCUUCCAUUAAAUCAGGGGUUUCCUUUCCCAUAGUAAAACUUUCAGACCCUGGGUGCCUGUUAGUCUGGGGAUAAAGGGACAGAACUUAUUUCCCAUGGUCCUUGUGGCUUGUUGGUUACCCACAAGGCCUCACUCUCAUUGCUUGACCAAGGAACAGCUUCUAAACGAUACUAGCUUUACUACAGACCGACAAAAAUUCUAGCUAAUCGUCUAAAACAAAAGAAAGCGAACCAAAUAAUAAUCUUAAUAAGAAAUGAAAAUAACAUCGCAGCGACCUCAUCAAUAGAUAUCAAUAAAGAAUUUUUUUAAUUCUACAAAAAAUUAUAUCAAGGGCCAGAAAAUAUAUCAGAGGAUGAGAUGGAGAACUUCUUUCAAGAUAUCAAAAUACCAACUAUUGAAGAAGAUAAAAAAGAUAUGCUAUCAGCACCCCUAAAUAUAUUAGAUAUUGAGAAUGGUAUAGAAACAAUGGAGAAUGGGAAAUCUCCUGGACCAGACGGUUUUCCUAUGGAAUGGUAUAAAAUAUUCAAAAAUCUACUAGUCCCCAGACUUCUAGAAGUCUAUAAGGAAAGAGCUCAUAAAGGUAUAUCUGCUACAACAUUCAAUGAAGCUUUAAUAAUGAUUAUACCAAAACCUAACAAAGACCCUACUAAAUGUGCACAUUAUAGACCAAUACCAUUAAUGAAUGUGGAUGCAAAGAUUUUGAAUGUAAUAUUGGCGGCAAAAUUACAAAAAGUUAUUCAGGACUUGAUACCUAAUAAUCAAACAGGUUUUAUAAAAACAAGACAAGCUACAGAUAACAUCAGAUUAACAAUAGAUUUGAUAAACUUAAACAAAGAUGAAGAGGAGUUUAUGAUAUUGUCAUUAGAUGCAGAAAAGGCUUUUGACAGAAUAUAUAAAGAAUUCAUAGGGUUUGUGUUACGUAAAUUUGGUUUCCCUAUAGAAUACUGUAAUUGGAUUAAAAUGAGUUAUAAAAACCCAACGUCUCGGAUUGUUACAAAUGGAAGAAUUUCGAAUUUGAUUAGUUUAAAUUGAGGAACGAGGCAAGGAUGUCCUCUUUCUCCAUUAUUAUUUAAUCUCUGCCUGGAACCAUUAACAAGAGCAAUAAUUCAGGAUGAGCAUAUCAAGGGUGUAAAACACAACAAAGAUAAUUACAAAACUGUAUUAUUUACAGAUGAUAUCCUUUUAUUUAUUACAAAACCAGAAGAUACAAUUCCAAAAAUUAUGGAGAAAAUAAAAACCUUUGGCAGAAUAUCGGGAUAUUCUAUAAAUUGGACAAAAUCAGAGAUUUUACCAAUUGGGCCAAGGGCUACAUUGUAUAGAAACCAUCAAUUUCAGAUGUGCAAAGACUUUAUUAAAUACUUGGGUAUAAUGAUUUCAUCAGAUAUAGACCAAAUUGUAAAAUUAAAUUUGAAUCAAAUUAUAAAUGAGAUUUCUUUUGAUAUUGAGAGGUGGGGACCUCUAAACCUCUCCCUUUGGGGAAAGGUUAAUGUCCUUAAAAUGAAUGUUGUUCCAAAGCUUUUAUACAUUCUUAGAGGAUUACCAAUACAUAUUCCCAAAUUUUACUUCCAAAAAAUAAAUCAACUAUUUAGACCGUGCCUGUGGGGUACAAAGCCACCAAAAAUAUCACUACAUAAAAUGCAACUUCCAACUAAGGAAGGUGGUUUUGGUCUCCCAAAUCUGGAACUAUAUCACCAGGCUUACCUGCUGAGUAAGACUAUUGAUUGGAGAUCUAGCAGGAAUCCCAACUGGGCUACUCUCAAAUAUAGUUUCUUGGAAGCUCUUGUAGGGUGGACUCAACUCGGCUCCAAUUUUAUGAAAUAUCCUAUUAUCCUGGAGACUAUUAAAGCACCUAUAAAAAUUUGGAUGAAUAUAAAUAAAAAUAAUCAACAUGAGAAAUUAACAAUAUGGGCCAACCCAAAAUUAAAAAUUGGAAAUCAAGUAAUAAUUUGGCAAAAUUGGAUGAAAAAAGAUAUUUUGACAUUGAAUCAAUUAAUUGAUGAAAAUUAUAAAUUUGUGGAAUAUAAGACUUUGCAAGUAAAGUAUGGAUUAACCAGUGAAACACAACGGCAAUACAUCCAAUUGAACCAUAUGUAGGAAUGGCAGUUUGGCCCUGAUGCUAUAGCAGCCUCAGAAACGCCCAUGCUGCUACAAGAUUUAAUCUCUGCAGCAAAAACAAAAAACUCUACACUUGCACUAUAUAAAACCCUACUCAACAGGAAGAAAUAUGAUUUAGAAUACGAUAGACAAAAAUGGAGUGAAGAGUUGGGGCUCCAGAUAACAAAUGACAUAUGGGAGUCAAGUAUAAAAUCAACAGAAAUAGCCUCUAUGGAUCUAAGACUAAGACUUAUUCAACAGAAAAUAAUAUUCGGAGUCCACUGGACUCCUGCAAAACUAUACCAGAAGAAAAUAACAAGUGCGGACAACUGCUGGUGAUGUGGGAGUAAAAAUGCAAACUUAGUACAUGUGAUGAUUAAAUGCCCGAUGAUAAGAUCAUUUUGGUGUGAGGUGAGGAUAUUUAUAGGAAGAGUCAUAAAAAGAAAUUGUUAUUUAGCAGAAUUAAAUUUAAUUCUAAGUUAUAUUCUGGAAACGUGGGAGAUUACAAGGGGUCAAAAAAUAUAUAUGGAUGUACCGUGCUCUAUUAGAAGCAAAAAAAACUUGUUUUGAUGAAUUGGAAGAGCCGCAAAAAGAUUCCACUGAGCACAUGGAUUGAUAAUAUGGACAGACUAGCUACAUACGAACGAAUUGCAUGUCGACGCAAAUUAAGAAUGGAUAAAUAUGAAGAAAUCUGGAAGGAAUAUUUAAGCAAUAAGGUGGAUAACGGUGGAAAGUAGGGGGAGGAGAGAGAGGCGGGGAAAUAUUGUUAAAAAGGUGUAGUCAUAGGUAUAUCCGUGUAUCCAAAUCUGAAUUGUCAAACUGUGCUAUUAGUGUUACUAUGUUUUUUGUUGCAUGUGUCUUUUGCGAUUCCUGUUUGUAUUGAAAAAAAUGAUUAAAUAAAUUAAAAAAGCAACCAUUGAUGGAGCACCCUCUGUUGGUGGCUUACUCUUCCAGACUUCCUACAAGGCAGGCAGGAGUUAUUGCCAAUGCCUAAGCCAGGCAUGCCCAAAGUCCAUUUUUUCAGGGUCCUAAUCCGGUUAAAUCUGGCCCCUGUGUCAGUUGAUUUCCUCAAGCUCAACAACUUUGGUCAGCCCUUCACUUCAUCAAAUCUGGACCUCUUUGAAAAAAGUUUGGACACCACUGGCCUAAGCCAAUACCACUCACAUUGCUGUACUCAAUAAAGUUGUGGCCUAAAUUUUGCCCAUUAACCUUCAGAGUCAAAUCCUGUCUCAAGGUGUUCUUAUUCUUGGGGGGUGCGCCGGGGCCUUGAUGCGCAACUGAAUUCUGUGGUGAUAGGGAGCUUAGAGGCGUGAAUGCAAAAACCAGUUUCGGGAUGUAGAUCAGGAGAGGACUAACUGUGAGCCCCAUUUCUCACAUUUUUCUCUUUCCUUUUUAGGCUUGGAAGACUGAGAAGAGCGAUUUCGUGAAUGGCGAAAAAAAAUAAAGUGUGCCCUCUCCCCGAGUCCUCCCCCCCCGCCCCCUGCCUCCCCCUGUGGACCCCUUUUCGAAAGGACCACAAAGGUAAAACCUUUCAGCAUAUAGUAGUUGAUUCCAGUCCCUGAGAUUUCUUAGGAAAGGUCUCUGUCUGAUGCCUAUUUUGAGGUUUAGAUAAUCAUACCCCAUGUGGCUCUUUGUUUCCCUGUAGGCUCCACGUACUUCAUUGGCACCUCAGGCAAAAUAAAAAAAAUGUCAUCCAGAAGGUAAUGUCUAUUUCUAUGUAUGUGUUCAGAAAGCCUCUCUCUGUGUGUGUGUGUAUGUGUGUGUGUGUAAGAAGCCUUUCUAACUGGCAGCCUUCUCUUCUUUUCCUUUCAGAAGAACUCAUCGUGGAAGACAUUGAAGAUCUGGAGGAAGAGGAGUAAGAGACUGUGCAACAUUGGAGCAGCUUUAUCAAUCGUUAACAGUUCUUGGCUGUUGUAAAGUUUUGCUUUUGUGUCUUUCCUUGAAGGUGAAGCUUGCGGAGAUGAAAUUGUAGCGGUGUCCUGUCAGAAUGCGCCGCCCCAGGCCAAGGCCAUUUGCUGGCCCAGCAGUGGAAGCAGCACGUGCAAGGUAUUGGGGGAAAUGCUGUGGUCCAGAGCAUCUCUCCAGGGCUCUGCACUAACUCCCUGUGGCCCUGUUCUGGCAGCGCAUAAGGAAUGUGUCGGUCCAUGUGUGUGACUAGAGAGAUGUUUUCGAUGGUGGAAAGGUCCAGAUUUUAAAAGCUGUGAACCUCACUAUGGGAAGUCAGUCUCUCAGCCUGAUUUCCUUCACUGAGGGGCAAAGGGGUGGAGAUGAUGAGGCUAAAUCAUCACUGAGUUCUGUGCAGGAAAGCCAGGAGAAAAAGACAACAAAUUUAUAAAUAAAACCUGAAUAAAUAUCUAAGGGAGGAGGGAAGCCAGAAGCAGCCACAACACAUAUUUUGCUCCUUUAUAUUCUCAGAUGGGGCGCUGCUGAGACUGCUGCAUGAGCCAGAGGUGUGCUUAGGUUGUACUAGAAAUUGGCUUUUAGUAGUGUAGCUCCAGCCCUCUGGAAUCCAUUCCCAGCUGGAAUUAGACAGGUGCCUAGCAUCAUAAUGUUUACAUGUCUUCUUGAAGAUGUUUUAUUUAGGAAAGCUCUCCCUAAUGUAUAACCCAGUAAGUCAUCUGUAGGAUCUGUACCAUUCUGCCAGCGAUUACCAUCACCAUCUGUUACUUGGGUGUAGUCUGGUGGGUUCAUAAAACCUCUCAUGAGAUGCAGAACUUCAACAGGACUUCAAAUGCAGCAAAGCUGGAGAAGAAGUUGACAUUGGUGGGUAUGUGUUGUCGCGAGCAGAGUAUUUUUGUAUUUUAAAGAGCAAUAGGAACACAGUGUUCCUUUGACUCAGACAUUGAUUCUGUCCCUACAGAUUGAAAAUUAUUGUCAAAAUAUUGGGGAAAUGCCAAAGCACUUAUGGAUGCUAUGGACUGGGCUGUUUGUGUGUGUUUGCCUUCACGUAUGGUUUGUGUUCCAUUUGAGUUGCAGACAUUGAGCAACUCCUCUGUUUUUCAGUUGUUAGAUUCAUUGGUAUGAAAGCUUAUUGUAUUAAUGAGAAAUAAUAUUAAUAUUAAAAAUAUUUAUAACCCACCCAUCUGGUUGGGUUUUCGCAGCCACAUUCAUACUGGGGACUAACUUAAUGAUGAACCUGUAUACUGUAAGACUUUUAGAUCUUGCAAUAUAUGGGCUCAUAGAGCGUGUGGUGUACGUAUUUCUUUUCUAUGAGAUGCUAAAGCUCUGGCAUAUUUUCUUCUAUAGGACUAUAAUUUGAAACAGGUGACAUUCCAUUAUGAUGUAAAGCAUCUGAUAAACACAAAGAAUGCUGUUCUUAAUUUCUUAUCCUGAUCUUGUGUUAUUUUUUACUGCUAGAGGGCUGCUGUACUGCAGAGGAUACUGCUUUUGGGUCUUAGGAUAAAAUGAAUGGACAGCCUAAAAUAAAAGCAAGAGCCAAUUGUUUAAAUAUCUCUUAAAUGUUGAAGCACUAAUCCUUCAUUUCUCUCUCACCGAUUUGAAAUAACAGAUAGAGAAGGAGAAAAUAUAAAAAGCCAGCCAGUAACUAAUUAUAAGUGGUUGUUUUUACAGAUGGCUGUACUGAUCAGUGUGGGAUUCCUCAGCGCAUGGACACCAUAUGCCGCAGUCAGCUUCUGGUCAAUAUUUCACUCCAGUGAAUGUUGCCAUAUCUUUUUGCUAAACCCUCAACAGCCUACAACCCUUUUCAUUUACUAUACUUUCAGCAAAACUUAA